GUUGCGGCAAUAAACCGAGCUGUGCAGAGGAGCAGACAUACAACAUCCGGGCAACAGUAAGCUUGCGCAGAAACGGAAUGGCGGAGGUGGGGGCGAAAAGCAUAUGAACAUCACCACAGACACUAUGGCCUAGUGGAGAGUGGGUAAAGUACAGCAAUGAAGGCCUUAAGCAGAAGAAGCAGCAGUUGGAAGAAGUCUUAGAGGAGCAGACGCUUUCUCGCUCCAUGAAAAUGGCAGCACAAUCCCAAACAGUCAGGGAGCUUCCCUUGGAUGAGCUGCUGGCUUUGUAUGGAUAUCCAGUAUCCAAUCCACAGAAGGAAACAUGUCCUAUAACAACCACUCUGCCAGAUAUGACCCUGGAUACGGAUGAGAAAACUAAGGAUCUGUUUCACGGCGAGAAAGAAGACCAAGCUUCAGCCUAUGAUCUCAGCUCCUCGAACACCCCAGAUCUGCUGCGCUGCCUCCAGGAUGGAGACAAAGCCACACAUGUCAGCUCAUCAGAUGAGGACACUGAUGAUUCAUCUAUUCCAUCCAAUGAAGAGCAUAAGGAGAUCAUGGUCGGCUCCAUGUAUCAAGCAAAAAUCCCACCGCUGAAUCCACACAUAUCCGAGGAGAGAGCCUACAGCAAUGACGACCAGUUGCUGUGGAGGCCCGGCCUUCUGCCUGUGCAGGAAGUGGAGGAAUUUUUGCUGAAUGCACAGAGACUUUGUGGCCAGGAGGGGGCGGUAUGGACCCAAGGGGCCACUGUCCAAGACAAUGAACAGGCACUGUAUGAACUGGUAAAAUGCAACUUCAAUGCAGAAGAGGCGCUGAGACGACUACGUUUCAAUGUGAAAGUAUUUAGUGAGGAGCUGUGCUCUUGGAGCGAGGAGGAGUGUAGGAACUUUGAGAACGGCUAUCGUGUUUACGGGAAGAACUUCCAUCUCAUUCAGGCUAAUAAGGUACGAACGCGCUCCGUUGGCGAGUGUGUGGCGUACUACUACAUGUGGAAGAAGUCUGAGCGGCACGUGUUCUUCACCCAGCAGGCCACCAGGAUGAGCCGGAAGAAGUACAGCAUGCAGUCGGGGAACAUUGAGGACGGAGACCAGGACGGGGAGGCGGGAGAUCUCGAGGGAAGCAACAGCACUUUGGGGUUGCUGUCGCAGAUCUCCAUGGGCUCCAAACCGAUGGAGUCCCCGUUUACUGCAAACACCAGUCUGGAUCUGAGCAAACAAGACGGUGAGCUGGUGAUGAGUCUAUCCGAGCUGUGCGCCGACGAAUGUCCUCAGCAGCUUUUCGACUGUCCGUUCUCUUUCCCAUCCAUGGACGAGCUCGGACGCCCUGACUCGGCCCGUCCCUCGGCUCCGGUCCAGCCCCAGUCUCCACCCUCUGAUCAGUGCUCCGAGUGGGCCUGUGGAAACCCGCCACACCACCGUGACGACGACGACCACGGCUUUCUGAACUCCUGCUUCUACCAGCUGCACAUGCACGGCCGGCCUUUUGUCUCUGACGACUCUGGCUGCGGCGCGGCGGGCGGUGGGACUCACGCCUCCCACAAGCUGCAGGUGGAACUGGGCGUUCCUUCCACCUCGGCUUCCUCGUCCGCUGUCCUCUCAUCAAGCUUCCAGGCGUUUGGCAGCCUGCUGCACCCCUAGCCCUAUUAACGUUCUCGCUCUCAGGUGGAGUGUAGGGAACGUGGCAAAUUAUCAUCUCGGAUGAGGUGUCGUUAGAGAUAUUUAACUGGUCAUCUAAGUCUUUACGUCAGGAAAAGAUGGACCUUUUGCUCCGGAGGAGACCGUGCCAUCAACGGCGUCCGUCCAUUGUUAACUGCUGAUUGCCAGGAAUCGAUGAUGUGUAGAUCUGAGAAUUACAAAACUUACAAGAGCACAGUGUAUGGGAUGCGUGCAGCAGGCCAGUUUUUUCUAAAUCACAUCCAUUAUCUCACAACCCGUAACUUAUUCCGUUUUUUUUUUUUUUUUGUUUGUUUUACUAUUAGAAAGGCAAGGUUGGACAGGUACAUAACAAAAGAGCCAGCACCUUUAUUAUCUUCUCUUCUAUCCCUUUUAUGGCUGCUGUUAUUUUCCGAUGUUUAUUUGAGGUUCCCCUUCGUUCUCACGGCUGCCUCCUUUUCUUCCUUUCUGCCCGUUUUCCUCUUAAGGUUCUCGGGCAGAAAUCUUUCGGAUUUACAUUAAAACCUGAACUGAAACUGAAGUUUAUAAAGAGAUUUGUUUUAAACACGAAGCCAUAUAGGAGCACAUGGAGCACAACAAUGAAUUCUAACUCUAAGUUGAAUAAUGUUUUACUUGACAUGCACCAGUCUAUCGGCCAGAGAACGGAGCCAAGUUGUCCCUUUUUUACUUGUAUUCAUUAAAUGCAUCAGUUGACAACGUGCACUUCGAUGCUAUAUCCUGAGGUUAACGAAGGUCGGAUAAGGGUUAGGGACGCGGGUCACCGACUCCCCCGUCUCCUUGUUCAGUUUGUCAGCUGCUGCAGGAUCGCGGUGCACCUUAGAGGGUCAUGAGAGCCGUUCACUGGCUUCUGUUUACAUCCAGCGAGAGAAGCACCUUGUCGCAGCUUGUUGCUCUAAGGCCAUGAACAAAUGUCGUGGACUGAAACUAAAGUCACUUCUCUUCUCAGUUUCCAUGGGGGGGUCACACCUUUGAGCCGAGGAAUGGCCCAACCUUUACCCCCACCCCAAACUACUUAUUGUUUCCAACGGGGCUCUAUUCAUUUUUGGCCAGAUACUCUGAUGUUUUAUUUCCUAAAAAAAAAUAAAAAAUAAAAGCAACUGAGUUAUGCACAUUUGCUGAGCGACAUCUGGAGUGUUUUUGUCUCCUAUCACAAUACGUUUCAGGUGUGUGAGUGCUCCGUGAUCUUAGUUGGAUAACUUAGUAAUACAGUCCAUGUUUUAAAUCCCUGCAGAUGGUUUGCUUUUUGAUUUAAAAAAAAAAAAA